GGAAGGGUAAUUGACACGCAAUUAGACCUUAUCCGAUUCAAAGUAUUUGAGAUGAUGAUUCCAGAGAACAUUUGAUAAACCGUCUUCAGACAUCAGACUUUACGUGUCUUGUAGGAAGCGAAAAUCCACACAGGUGGCCUCAUUCUAUAUUCGAAGAGCGAAAGUGAGUUUCAGCCCUGGGGACUGAAAGCUGUCGAGAUAAUAAGUGUAAUUGCGCCGAUUGGAUUCGGAUGAUGUUCCGGAUGAAGAUCGACUCGUCGCCAGAGUCUAACACUCUGUCUCACCACGAGCUUAUUCUUCAGAGGCUAGCAAGGCUGGGAGUUCCAGAAGAGAAUUUAAGUGAAGGACCUCGGGGUUUGGUUGCUUAUGUCAAGAAUGAUAAGUGUCAAAUAGCGGAGUUCGUCUCUGUUAUCUUGCCUAGUGAUGAGGAGGAAACAGAGGCUGUCUCAGAAACUCGUGUAGGGAGUGCAAAAGAAGCUGCUGAAGAUAUCUUUUCUGAAAGUAUGAUUUGGUUGCAAUGGUUGAUGUUUGAUGGUGACCCGAUCCUUGCACUGGAGCACCUAGCUAAAAUGAAUGCUAACCAACGUGGUGUUUGUGGGUUACUAUUAAGACAUUUCAUAGAGCUGCUCCUCAAGAGAUACCCGAAGUGUUAUAUUGUCACAAGGAUUCAAAGGGGAAUGCUUAAAAUUGGAGUCUACUUAUAUGUUUGCCCUAAGUUCUUUUUGCAUAAAAGAAGGUUGAAUUUAGUUUCUUUGCAGGUUGCUAAAUGGUCAAACUUGUAUGAAACUACUGUUCGUGUGGUUGAACAUAUAAGAUUUGUCAUGAGUCACUCUGUCGUAUCCAAAUACUUAUGCCAUGGUGGGAGAGAUUUUGUUAGAACGUGGAUGAGAUUAUUGGGUUCUGUGCAAGGAAUGAACCCUCACAAGCGAGAAACUGGUAGUCACAUAGAAGAAGAAAAUGAAAAUAUUCAUCUGCCUUUUGUUUUAUGUCACUCCAUAUCAAACAUUCUUUAUCUCUUAGUCGCUGGAGCAUUUUCUAUGAAUUCUAGUGAGGAGACUAAUGAAGAUGCUUUCUUCAGCGCUUGUAAACCAGAGUUCGAAGACCAAGAUAGACUAAGACAUGCAAAAGUGGGAAGGCUAUCGCAGGACAGCUCCGUAGGUAGUGUUAUAGGGAAGAAUGCAUUUGAUCAUGCAUCCAAGGCCGCCGACAAUAUUCCUAUUCCAUCAUCUGCUUUAUGGUUAACAUUUGAGUGCUUGAGGGCUAUCGAAAAUUGGUUGGUAACUGAUAACACGGUUGGCCCUCUCAGUAUCUUGUCUCCAAAAUCAAGUAAUGGCUCUGGUAAUAAUUUCUUAGCUUUAAAAAGAACGCUGUCUAAGUUUAGAAGAGGCAGGCCCAUUUUUAAAUCGUUCACUUCAUCUGAUAGUAAGCUUACAGUUUCAAGUGAAGUUUUUAGUAAACGAUGUUCUUCACCAUCCCAUGGUGGUUUUAACGUUGGUGUAGGAUUGGACUGUGGCCGACCUAUUGGACAAGAGGCUGACCCUGGAGGUUGUGAUGACAGUACGUUGGAUGGAGGAAGUUCAGCUGAGUUUGAAGGCCUCCGAUUUCUGAAUUUUUCAGAUUGGCCAGAUGUCAUGUAUGAUGUUAGUUCACAGGGUAUCUCAGUUCAUAUUCCCUUGCACCAGUUACUUUCGAUGAUUCUGCGGAGGGCACUCAAACAAUGUUAUGGUGAAUCAGCAUCGUUGGAUAUGAUGAGUGCCAGGGCUACAUAUAGGUCGUCUGCGAUAUAUAAUGACUUUCUUGGACACAUGUUAGGAGGUUGCCACCCUUAUGGAUUUUCUGCCUUUGUGAUGGAGCAUCCCCUUCGAAUAAGAGUGUUCAGUGCCGAGGUUCAUGCUGGAAUGUGGCGUAGGAACGGGGAUGCUCCCAUAUUAUCAAGCGAGUGGUAUCGUUCAGUUCGCUGGUCUGAACAGGGUCAAGAGCUUGAUCUAUUCUUGCUGCAGUGUUGUGCUGCAUUAGCUCCCGCCGAUCUCUAUGUCAAGAGAAUCUUAGAACGUUUUGGGCUAUCAAACUAUCUGUCCUUGAAUCUUAACCCGUCUAGUGAGUAUGUAAUUUUCUCUUCCGACUUCUCAGCAAUUUUUUUUUCUUCAAAAGAAAGGCCUUUAUCAUGGUUUCAUGCAAUCAAAUUGUUUGCCAUUGGUGGACUGAAUCAUAGUAUCUAUAUGAGUUUAGAUAUGAUUUUUUCCUUUUAUAACUACAGUUGUUCAAAGUUGAAAAAUAGCUUUAUAAUAUUUUUUGUAGGUCAUUUGCUUUGUAUAUUGGAGAAUGCUGAGGCAGAAGUACGGUAUCCGGAUGUUCAGUUAUGGAGACGCGCUUCUGAUCCUGUCCUUGCACAUGAUGCCUUUUCGACAUUAAUGUGGAUACUCUUCUGUCUUCCAUGUCCAUUUUUGUCAUGCAAAGAUUCCUAUUUGUAUCUUGUGCAUGUUUGUUAUGUUGUUACGGUAACUCAGGCAAUAAUUAUAUAUUGCAGCAAACGACUAUGCACUAUUAGUGAGUUGGGAUUUCAUGAUUGUUUGAUCACUGACAUCUUCAAAUUUAUGGAGGAACAUGGAGAAGCUCUACAAAGCUUUGAUUCAAACUAUAUCAAUCCUACUUAUGAUAUGAAAGAUGCAAUUCGCAGCCUGAGCUUUCCUUAUUUGCGGAGAUGUGCAUUAUUGUGGAAACUAAUAAAUCAUUCCACCAAAGUACCAUUCACUGAUGGGGCUUGCACAUUUGAUGGAUCUCCAUAUGCAGAUGAUGAUUCAGAGUGUGUUACAAACAUUGUAGAAGAGCUUUCCGAGGUUGAGAAGCUGGAGAAGAUGUUUAAUAUUCCUCCACUUGGCAUUGUUAUUAAUGAUAAAAAGUCACGGAUCACAGCUUUUAGAUGGCUGUGUCAUUUUUCUGAAGUGUGUGGAGUUCGUAACUCUCAGUAUGUGUUGAAAUGUAAUCCCGCAGUUCCUUUUAAGUUGAUGCUUUUGCCUCAUCUUUACCAGGAUCUCUUGCAAAGGUAUAUAAAAAAGCGUUGCCCAGACUGUGGAGAUGUUCAGGAGGAGCCUGCAUUAUGCUUGCUAUGUGGCAAAUUGUGCUCAGCAAACUGGAAGAAUUGCUGCAGGGAAAGCAGUUGUCAAACUCAUGCAAAGUCUUGCGGGGCUGGCAUUGGAGUGUUCCUGUUGAUUAGAAGAACCACAAUCUUGCUGCAAAGAUCUGCACGUCAGUCUCCCUGGCCAUCCCCCUACUUGGAUGCAUUUGGUGAAGAGGAUGUUGAAAUGCGUAGGGGAAAACCUCUGUAUCUGAACGAAGAACGUUACGCGGCAUUGACUCAUAUGGUGGCUUCUCAUGGGCUUGAUCGAAGUUCAAAGGUGCUUCGGCAAACUACAACUGGUGCUUUUUUCAUGUUCUAGCUUCAAGAUGUGUAAUAGAAAAGAUUGAAUGAGGUCAUAUGGAUUGGCUUUGUGGUGCUUAAUGGAAUUGGUUCUUUGGUGAGCAGCUGAUUUCUUCUUACCUAUUGCUCAUGUAUAGUUCAAUGUAGAAGCUGUAAAAAUUUGUCCAGUUCUUGUUUUACCACAUUUGGAUGGUCGUACUUCCGGAGAAUUAUGAUGUAGACAGCAUCAUGACCAGCUACAUGGCUCGUUAACUUUAUGAAAUACUUUUUCCUUAUUUUCUGUCUUGUGGAUCGUUAUAGGAUAGAAGCGCAUGUCCUAGCAAUUUGAGGAUAUGCUUUCUUGGUGGCCUCUUGGUGGUCUGUGCAACGUGUGAAGCUCGAGGGCGGUAGAAUAUAAUGUUAAUUCGUAUUCAUGCGAAUCUUGUAAUGCAUUUCUAUGGAGGACUGAAAAGUGAAGUCCUUUAGCGGAGUAGUAGUACGAGUAGGAACUUUAUGCAAGCUUGAGAAAAGCAUUGAUUGAGAUAGUGAUUUGUUACUGGAUAGCAGGCUAUAUUUAUUAAGAUAAUGAGAUAUGGAGAAUCUUUCAUUUUAUGCACUA